AUGGUUUCACAAACACGAAAACGUAUUCUAAUUUUAUUGGCCGUCGUGGUAAUAUUAUUCCUACUGAUACGCUAUGUUUUCUUCGGUGAAUCUUUAGAGGCAAGUAUUGUUCCUGCUGCACCACAACUUAUAAUACCACAACAACAGCACGAAAGCCACGACUCGCAAAACUAUCGACGUGCUCCUGGCGCUCCAGUUAUGGUUACGGUAUUCUACGAAGCGUUGUGCCCAGACAGCAAACAUUUUAUAACCAAACAAUUGGUGCCCGCCUUUAAAGAAGCGUCCGUAUUAAUGGAUACGAGAUUGGUGCCGUAUGGCAAAGCCUCAACCAUGACGAAUCCCGAUGGAACAUAUAGCUUUGACUGCCAACAUGGUCAAGUGGAAUGCGAGGCUAAUACAUAUCAUGCCUGUACAAUUGAAGCAGUGCAAGAUGCGCAGGCGCGUCUUGAUAUGGUUGCAUGUAUGAUACGAGACAAUCGUUUGCCAAAAGAAGCGCUGCAUAGGUGUGCCAAGCAGCAAAAUAUCGAUAAUGUUGAUCUCAUACAAAAGUGUUUUGACAGUUCUCACGGCAGUGAAUUAUUAAAACUAAACGGCGAUUUAACUCAUGCAUUACGACCAUCAAUAACAUUUAUACCCACUAUUACUUUGGACGGAUAUCAGGGAAAACAAGCUUUAAUAUUAAAAAAUCUUCUGGCGGAAAUUUGCAAAAUUGCUGGUGACAAUGAAAAGGCGGAUGAAAUAUGCAAUCAACAUAUAUAAACA